AAAAUUGAUAAUAUUAAGCUAACGGAAGGAAUAUCGGAUAUAAAGUAUGGGACAAGAAGACAGAAGUGAAUAUUCAGAUAUACUUUAUAAACGGCUACGGACAUAUCAUAAGAAAAAGCAACGGCUGGAACGGCUUCAGGAGAAAUUUGAAGGACCAGAACGAGAGAAAUUGAAUAAAGAUCAACUAGCGUUAUUACAAAACAAAGAUCAAGUGUUAUAUCCGUUAAAAGAAUUAGAAGAGUUAUGGAGACAAUUUUCAUUAUUAAUGGAACAGGAAAAAGAGGUAAAAGAGAAGGAAAUAGAAAGAGCAAAGGAAAUUGCAAUGAAUGAAGCUCAAGAAAAAAAAGAAGAAAAAGAGCAAAUACGAACAUUAGUUAGAUUUUUGAAAUAUGCUAGUUUAACACGACAUACGCCUACAAAUGAUAUAGAAUAUAAUCAAGCAGUGGAAAAGGUGUUACAAAUGUUGUAUAAAGCAGACGAAAAUUCAAUUCAAGUGGUAGAAAAAUUAUACGAAGGGUCAGAAGAACAAAUUGAAGAAUGUGAAAGGAUUACGUAUAAAUAUAUGAAGGAACAAAUAGAACAAAAGGCGGAAGAAAUACAGAAAACAGUUGAAUAUAAAUUGGAAGAAUCACCAAGGCAACAAAAAAUGUCGUCAUAUAACUUACAGGAAUCUUUAGAGCAAAUGACGUUUAAUAAGUUAUCAAAAGUAGUAUCUCCAUGUAAUAAAAAAUCAGGAGGGCCUUAUGAAAGAAUUAAUUUUUUAAAUGAAAGUGAAAUCGAGGGACUAUCAUUAAAAGAUCCACUAACAACGAAUUAUACAAGAGGAUCGAUGGAUACAUUAACAAAUGUAUUAUAUAAUCAUUAUCCCGUUAAUAAUAAUAUGUUUUCUGCUACAUCUAUGACUCAUUAUCAUGAGAUGCAGAAUCCUACUUCUGUUUCAUGGAAAGAACCUCGUUUAAACCAUCAAAAUACAUCACAUUGGAAUACAGAAAGACGUUCCCCUCUUACAAAUCAUAAACCUUGAUAAUUCGAGAAUUCUAUUAUUCUAUUUAACCAAAAAUAACUGAUAU